CGCAGUUCCACACCAUCUUGCGCCCACAUAUCAAACAUCACACAUAUCCACGUACAUCUACUCGAACCAAACAAAGCUAGCCAUCUGUCGACUUUUCAAUUUUCCACCAGUGCAAACCGUCAAGUGCCAGCACACGCUUCAUUUCCACCCUCCGCAGAUCGCCAUCCAGCCUUACCAUCGUCCAAUCCCCCCGAAUUUGUGAUCAGAGAGGCCAAAAGACGAUACGAAACCACAAUCAGGGCCCCCAGAACCGGCAUUUUAUGCUUUCGACCCUCAGAAACUCAGCCGGGCUCCUAGCAUAACUCGGGCCAGAACAUGACGGCCUAGUCCUCCGAGUCGCAUGCCCAACCUUCUCGAGGCUGGGCCGCAAUCACGAGAGCGAACAACGACCUGAUCAAUCUCUGCCUAGGGCUACACGUCUGGGCCUCUUCACUUGCCCCUUUCCUGGAGGGCCAAUGGCAGGAACAUCGUUUUCAUCUGCUCUCACCAGCGCCACCGUUGCUUCUACCGUGCCGGCCAGUUUGGCGCAUUCUCUAGGGGACGCCACACAACCACCACGACACUUGGCUCCCUACGAGAGGGCCCUCGACACAAAAAUGAGACCGGACAGUGCCACUACGACGGCGACGACGACGACGGCCGCUGGGACGAAUGCUGCUGCCGCAAACGUGCAGGCGAGGAAGACCAAUAACGGUCUGGCCAUACGCACCUUCUCUCCCGUCAACAAGAAUGGCUGCUUCGAAUUUGAUCGCGUGCUCAAGUCUGGCAACGUCCUCAAGCGGACGCGCAAGACAAAGUCCUGGAAACCUAUACACAUGGUCCUGCGGCCCCUGACGCUUUCUCUCUAUGCCGACAGUGACGGCACAAAACUACGCCAUCAGAUCCCCUUGGCCGAUCUAACUGCCGUAGCCCGACAACGCGACCCCAAGAAGAAAGAGCGACACGUCUUCGCCCUCUUCACCCCCGAGCGAAACUACCAUAUUGAGGCCCCAAGCGAUGCAGAGGCUCGGUCAUGGGUUGAGACCAUCAGAUCACAGGCACGAAUUGGCGAGGAGGAGGACGAAUUCGUCGCUCUGCUGAGCCCCACGGUCGAGGCCGCACCUGGUGGCGCUGGUAUGGAUAGCGGCUUCUUUGGACCAGCAGUGUCCAACACGGCUGCAAGCCAUGUAACGGGAGAGACGAGCGCCUCGGACAUAGAAAGCCACGUACAGCCGUUGCGAAUGAAAAAGAGCAGGAGCAGAAACAAUCUAGGCACUACUCCCGAGACGGCGGAGGGCCCCUCCAAUACCCCGCGCAAGUCGAGCCUGGGCAUGCAGUAUCUGUCCGGCGCUGAGGCAGCCAGCUAUAGCGACUUCAGCGACACGGGAGGCGGAGGCGGGACGCUAGGGAGUGGUGUGUACCCGGAGUCGACGCUGUCGCUGCCGCAGCUGCAGAGCCAGGCGGAGCGCGAAGAGCGCGCAAGGAAGCUGGACGAGAUCUAUCGGCCGUCUGCCCAGCGGCGGCCCAGCACCGCUGCCACCGGUGGCACGACUUCUGGGGCGACGGCAGCCAUUCCAGACCGCCCGCCGGCACAGCGCAGCGCCUCGGGCCUCUCGACGUCGCGCGCUCAACAGGCCGCGCCCUCGGAGCGCGUCCUUCACAACAGCCCGCUGCUCCUGCUCAAAACACGGGCCGGCACGCGCCAGUGGAAGUCUGUUUGGGCGGUCCUGCGCAACACCUCGCUGGCGCUGUACAAGAACGAGGAGGAAUACCAGCCGCUGCACAUCAUCCCCUUCGAAAGCGUCGUCGAGGCGCUCGACAUCGAGGACCUCAGCAAGAGCAAGAGGCACUGCUUCAUGGUCGUCACGGAGGAGCGUCAGCUCAAAUUCUGUGCCAGAAGCGAAGAGGAGGUCGCCAAGUGGGUGGGCGGCUUCAAGGCGCUGCUUGCUAAGCGGAGGGAAGCAGAGAGGGGUCGCGACGGCGACGGAAACGUCCUGUCGUCCUCGCCCGUCGCCGUGCGGUGAAUCAUGCCCCUUCCUCCCCUCUCUCUUCCCAUGCUCGACGCCUUAGAAGGCCCAAGAAGGGCCGUCUGAUUGAAACUUUUUUUCUUCGACUCAGCCCCGGCUGGGAGACGGUGCGCUUUGGCUGCACGACGCGCUCUUGCAAACAUCGAAAAAAAAAGAGCGGCGAAACUUGUACACAUAUCAUUGUAAUCGACGAAUCUACAUAACGACAUUUGAAAUCAAAAGAAACAGUUGAGACAUUG